UCCCUUUAUCUGCGAUGCCCUCGUCCUUUCCCUCUCAUAAAACCCACUUUUCAUUCGCCCAAAAAAGAAAAUAAAAAAAAGAAAAAACAAAGAGAAGGUUUUUUCAGUCUUUGCAUUGCAAGUGAAAAGAGUUAUAAAAGGUUGGGAAAAUCCCACAGCUUUUACUCCCUUGUCUCCCACGACGACAAUGUCAUAAACAAAAGGAGCUUCAUCACUUCACUUGUGUUCUGUCUUGAGCUUCUUCUUCUUCUUCUUCUUCUUCUGUUCUGAAAAUGAUAACAGCCUUGGACCUCUACCACGUGCUGACCGCCGUGGUACCACUCUACGUGGCCAUGAUCCUGGCCUACGGCUCCGUCAAGUGGUGGAAGAUCUUCACGCCGGACCAAUGCUCCGGCAUAAACCGCUUCGUGGCGCUCUUCGCCGUCCCCCUGCUCUCCUUCCACUUCAUCGCGGCGAACAACCCCUACGCCAUGAACUACAAGUUCAUAGCGGCGGAUUCGCUGCAGAAAGCCAUCGUCCUGGGCGUGCUCUUCCUCUGGUCGAGGACCAGCUCGAGAGGGUCCCUGGAGUGGUCCAUCACGCUCUUCUCCCUCUCCACGCUCCCCAACACGCUCGUCAUGGGAAUCCCCUUGCUCAAGGGCAUGUACGGCGACGCCUCGGGGACCCUCAUGGUUCAGAUAGUGGUGCUCCAGUGCAUCAUAUGGUACACCCUCAUGCUCUUUCUGUUCGAGUACCGAGGGGCCAGGCUUCUUAUCGUGGAGCAGUUUCCCGACACCGCUGGCUCCAUUAUUUCCUUCAAGGUCGACUCUGAUGUUAUCAGUUUGGAUGGGAAGGAGCCGCUUCAGACUGAGGCUGAGGUUGGUGACGAUGGCAAGUUGCAUGUCACCGUUCGAAAGUCCACCAGCUCCAGGUCUGACAUUUUCUCUCGCCGCUCCCAUGGCCCCAACUCGCUUUCGCUCACGCCACGCCCUUCCAAUUUGACCAAUGCCGAGAUUUACUCGCUCCAGAGUUCCCGGAAUCCCACGCCGCGAGGCUCCAGUUUUAACCACACCGAUUUUUAUUCCAUGGUCAAUGGAGGGAGGAAUGUGAGCCCCAGGCAGAGUAAUUAUGGGUUUGAUGAGGAGAGUGGAGGGAGGGGUAAUGGCUACCCUGCUCCUGCCAAUGCUGGGAUCUUCUCUCCGGUGGCUAAGAAGAAGGGUGACCCUGCUGCUGCUGCUGCUGCUGCUGCUGCUGCUGCUGCUGGUGGUGGUGGUGGUGGUGGUGGUGGCAAGGAUCUUCACAUGUUUGUGUGGAGUUCAAGUGCUUCUCCGGUGUCCGAAGGUGGAAUCCAUGUAUUCAGAGGUGGGGAUUUUGGGAAUGACCAGCUUCCUGCUACUGGUGUCCCUCACCACAAAGAUUAUGAUGAAUUUGGUCACGACGAGUUUAGCUUCGGGAACAGAACCGUGGCUAAUGGUGUGGACAAGGAAGGGCCAGUACUUUCGAAGAUUGGUUCAAGUUCCACGGCUGAGCUUCACCCCAAAGCUCAAGGUGAAUCCAAACCCACGUCCAUGCCACCCACAAGUGUUAUGACAAGACUCAUUUUGAUCAUGGUUUGGCGGAAGCUGAUUAGGAACCCUAACACAUAUUCCAGCCUCUUUGGUCUUGCUUGGUCUUUGAUCUCGUUCAAGUGGAAUGUUGCUAUGCCCGCGAUUGUUGCUCAAUCAAUAGCAAUUUUAUCUAAUGCUGGCCUUGGGAUGGCCAUGUUUAGCUUGGGGUUAUUCAUGGCAUUGCAGCCAAAGAUUAUUGCAUGUGGAAACUCGGUUGCUUCCUUUGCUAUGGCAGUUCGUUUCCUUACUGGACCUGCAGUCAUGGCUGUUGCUUCAAUCGUUGUAGGGCUCAGGGGAGUUCUGUUGCACAUUGCUAUUGUACAGGCUGCUCUGCCUCAAGGGAUUGUCCCUUUUGUGUUUGCUAAGGAAUAUAAUGUUCAUCCGGACAUACUCAGCACUGGGGUUAUAUUUGGGAUGCUAAUCGCUCUUCCAAUUACGCUAGUUUACUACAUUUUGCUUGGGCUUUGAAGGAAUGAUGAGGACGUGAAGGGAAAAGAAAAAGAAGGCUAAUUGCAGUGGAUUACACUAGUCUUUUGUUAUAUUAUAGGUUAAUUUUUUUGCUAUCCUCUAACAAUGUAGAAUUUGGGAAGUUAGCGAGAGGGGGGGAGUGACAUUGUAAUAUCUAAAUUCUAAACACAAUGGUGAGAGCUGGAAGAGAAAGAUGAAAUAUUUUAGGGCUAUAGCUACUAGGAAACUUUUGUUUUAGCCUUUUUACUGUGAACCCCACUCUUUUAUAUUUUGCUUCGUUAAAUGAAAAAAGAGAAAGUGAAGCUUGUUUGUAGUUGUGGGCACCUUUCUUUUCACAAGUACUACUACUACUACUUUUCUAGGCCAAAAGGAGAUCGAGAAUCUCAAUCUCUAUCCUAUGCAAGUAUAAGAAUAAGAAUAUAUGAAGCAACCAGUGGUUUUUGUAGGGCAAAAAAAGUAGGAAACCAAACAGGAGCUUUUGCUGGCUUG